CCUGAAGACGCGAUGAAGUGGUUCUUGAAAGCGGCGGCGCAAGGACACGCGGGAUCGAUGACCAUCAUCGGGGGUUUCUACUUCCACGGCCGCGGCGUGGAGCAGAACAAAUCGACGGCGCGGGAAUGGUGGAAAAAAGCGGCCGCGAACGGGGACGACGAAGCGAAGGAAAUGCUAAUGAAUCGCUUCGGAGACGACGACGCGAGCGUGGAUCGUGUGACUCGCCACUUCGCGCGCGGCGAUGAUCCCUCGGUCGAUCGCGAGGCGGAGGUCAAGCUCCCGCGGAACAUCCGCGACCUCGCGAAAAAGGCAAACGCCGGGUGCGGGGAAGCGGCGAGAACGAUCGCCUGGCACUUCUUCCACGGGACCGACGGCGUGGAGAAAGACACGGAGCUCCAUUUCCGCUGGCUCGUGAAGGCCGCGGAGCUCGGGGACGCUAAAGCGCAGUGUCGUAUCGGCUCUGAGUACAACCAAAUGAGUAACUACGAUGCCGCGCGUAAGUGGUUCGACAAGGCCGCGGCGCAGGGCAACGCUGACGCCAUGAACAACCUCGGGGCGCUCUACUACAAGGGCCAGGGCGUGGAGAAAAACAUAUCGACGGCUGCGGAGUGGUACUUGAAAGCGGCGAUGAAGGGGAACAGUCACGCUCAAUACACCUACGGGGCUCUCCUCGAUAUUGACAUGAAUCAGCACGAAGACGCGAUGAAGUGGUACUUGAAAGCCGCGGCGCAGGGCGACGCUAACGCCAUGAACAACCUCGCGUUGCUCUACUUCAACGGUAAGGGCGUGGAGCGAAACGUGUCUACGGCUGCGGAGUGGUUCUUGAAAGCGGCGUCGAAGGGGGAUCGUGAAGCUCAAUGCAACUACGGGAACAUUCUCUUUGAGGAAAUGGGACAGUACGAAGACGCGAUGAAGUGGUACAUGAAAGCCGCGGCGCAAGGACACGCGGAAGCGACGCACAACAUCGGGACGCUCUACUUCCGCGGCGAUGGCGUGGAGCAGAACAAAUGGACGGCGCGGGAAUGGUGGGAAAAAGCGGCCGCGUACGGGUGCGAAGAAGCGAAGACAAACCUGCUGAAAUGC